AUGGAUGAGAUCCGACAGAGGUACAGCGAAGAUGGCUACGUCUUGCUCAAAGGGCUAUUACCAAGAGAAGACGUGCUAAAGGCCCGAGAGGAGUAUUUCAAGAUGCUGAGACCAAGUGGCGUACUUAAGCCAGGCACUGAGCCAGUCGACGGUAUUUUCGACUCAGAAAAAGAUUCUUCCGAUUACCCCGGCAUUGGCGCUGGCGCAGUUGGAGGCAAUGGACGUCCGGGAGCAGAGACUGCUGAAACUUUCGUCAAUCUAGCUCUCGAAGCGCAUUAUGCAGAAUGGUACAAGGAGACAUUUUGUAAACAUCCAGCGCUCAAAGACUUCAUCGCUCGUAUGACCGGCUGGGGCGCAGACACAUUGGGCAUUCGCAGGAGUCUGCUGCGCAACAAUACUCCGGGAAACAAGGCAAUUGGUGUACACUACGAUCAGAUCUUCUUGCGACACGGUGAGCCAACAAGUGUGACAGCAUGGGUUCCGAUGGGUGAUAUUGGGCUGACCGGUGGCGGACUGAUAUAUCUGGAGAAUGGCCACACACUUGGGCGCGAAAUUGAAGCGGAUUUCGCACGCAAAGCGGCUGAGAGCGGCCUGACUGAUGAUGAGGCGAGGAACGCCUUCAACCAGAACAUGCUGUCGACUGGAUUACUCGCCGACGGUCCGAAAGAGUACUCCGACACGUUUCAGAAGAGAUGGCUCGUGACAAGCUAUGAGGCAGGAGAUGUCGUCCUCCACAAUCCAUUCGCGAUCCAUGCUUCGACGCUGAACUUUGAUCCCAAUAAUGUCAUUCGUGUCGGUACUGAUCUGCGUUUCGUCGAUGCGAGCAAGCCCUGGGACACGAGAUGGGACCACGACUAUCAGUUUGGCGACGGCGUGUAG